AUGACCGCCGGCCUGUUGCACAAGGAAAGACGCCAACGCUCGACAUUUAAACUACGCCAAGACUUGCACAACAAGGGCGACAAACGGCCAAAUCAUCAUAUCCGCCAACGAAUAGGCCCCACCACCUCCGCCCACGAAAAAACACCUAGAUGUGCCGCCACCUGCUCCGCCCAGCAGCUUCUCCAAAUACUCGUACCCCUCAAUAAGACGAGACCUCCAGUAAUCUCUAAGCAAUGGCGCCUCGCCGUCGACAGAACCUGCGACACAGACAGCAUCAACAACACCAUUGAAGACUCCAGAUUGCGCCAGAUCGCAAACGCACGCUCGAAAUGGAUCAAUUCAUUGGUGGGAACUGCAAUAUUUGUCAAGCCGUACUCCAUCAGGUUGACCACGUUGGAAUCUUCACGCUCACCCGCGCCAUAA